AUGUCACUGAUCUAUGUCGCCCAACUAGUCAACCUCGUCGGGAGUGGUUCAUUGAGGAGCUCUAUUGCAAGCGUUGUUGGCGACUCUCAAGACAGUAUUUGGAUUGUUGCCAGCACUGUCAUUAUGAUCCCCUGUCUGAGUCCUCCGAUGGCCCAGGCGGCAGACUACUGGGGUCGCAGAUGGCUACUUCUUGUUCCUACCUUCUGUGGAUUGAUUGGCUGUAUCAUCCUAGCUCGAGCCAAAACUAUGGGUGUGGCUAUUGCUGGAGAGGCCAUCAGCAGCAUCUCAACCGGCAGUUUGCCGUUAUUACACGCCAUUGCAUCCGAAGUCCUGACUCACCGCAACCGUGGCGCAGCACAAGCGGCUCUCAACUUUGGCGUCGGUCUGGGCGGCAUCUUAGGACUUUUACUGGGCGGCGUCAUGACCCAUCACAACCCUGAGGGAUUCCGGAAUUUCUGGUACAUGAACGCUGGUCUGUUUGCAGUAUCCACGAUCUGUGCUUUUUUCUUCUACAAUCCCCCGCCACGUCCGACCCAAAGCCUUCUGCGUUCUGAAAAGCUCCGUCAACUCGACUGGAUUGGCUACGUUCUGCUGAUCAUUGGACUGGUGCUGUGGACAGUGGGCUUGGAAAAGGCCGAUAACCCUUACCCCUGGAAGAGUGCCCGCACUCUCGCACCUGUUACUCUCGGCGGAUCAUUCAUCAUUGCUCUGGCCAUCUAUGAAUGGAAAUUCAAGACUGACGGAAUGUUUCAUCACGGGCUAUUCACCAAAGAUCGAAACUUUGCUAUUGCGUUGGGUUGUACUUGUGUUGAAGGUUAUUGUAUUGCUUUUGCGGUAUAUAUGGUUACCGGUUGGUGUCUGGCAUGGUAUACAUUCACUGCCAAGCGACUACGAGUUCCACUCAUGCUUGCAUUUGGUUGCUUCGCUGCAUUCGAAAUAUGUAUGGCAACCACACAGGUUGGAAGCGCCAAAGCAGUCUGGGGCUAUCCAAUUUUCCUUGGUUGUGGCCUAGGUGUUGGCAUGACAGCGCUGGUGACAGCUGCCCAGCUAAGUACACCUCCCGAAUUGAUGUCAGUCAGGCGAAUAUUCCACUAG